CACCACUGCCUGCUUUCGUCCCAUACUCCCCAACAUCUCUCUCACACACGCACACAAAAUAAUGAAUCUGGAAGUCUUGAUUAUUAAAUUUUGAAUCCACUAAACAAAUAAAAAUCACAUCUUUCCAUCAUUUUCAACCAAGAAAGCCUCGUGAACUUGAUGUUAAAGUGUUUCUGUGACUAUAUAUUGGAAGAUUCCUACAACUGGUAAGAGGGGCAAGCUUAAUUAUGGCAACGGGUCACUUGCCUUUGCUCUUUUUGCUUCUGAUUCAGGUGGUUUGUGAAUUUGAUGAGAUUUUUUGGUGAUUUGAGGAAUAUGUGAAUCUUUGAUUAAACAGGCUAGAUUGUAGUGGUGAUUCUUGGCUUGAUGUUUGUUUAGGGACUAAUUUGGUGGGAUUUCUUUUUGGGUGGUUUUCCUGCAUUGUGAUUUGGUUGUGAGAAUUUGGGAGGGCAGUAAAUCAGGAAAAUGCGAGAUUUUCUUAUAUUCUGCAUUAAGGAGAAAAGAUAUAUGCUGUUGGAUCGAUUCAGGUUCUGAUCAUGACCAGGGCUGUCCGUGACCGGAUACUUAAGGAUGCGAAUGGUGAUAUUAGUGAUCAUCUUCGCAACCAUAUUCACUUAACAAACUGUAUUCAUUUGAAGAAUCAUAUGCAUAAGCAGAGUCCCAUACUGUCGGACAGGUCUAUUGUAAGGGAUCUUGUUGUUCUUCAGAGGUCACGAUCUCUUAGGGAUCCAUCCAUGAGUCCACCUUCAUGGAAUUCUCCAUCUGCGAGUGGUUUGGUGUCUAAAAGAGGUGAUAACAAUGUGUUAGUGGGAAAUGGAAGAUGGUCUGUAGGUAUUGACCGUCACAUGGAUGGGAGGGGAUCUUUCGAGAGUUCGCCACCGCUACCUAACAUACCGAUGUCUGACGCGGUUCAUAGAGAGUUGGAAAUGCAUAUGGAUGAGGUACCAAAUGUAAGUGGCCGUAGUAGGAAGGGUGGAGUCCGAGAACGCAGAAGAAGUAAAAGGGAAGAAUCAGUGGGGAGAUAUUUGUCAAAUGACCUACUACAUGGCAAAGAUGACACUCCAGUAGAUCAAAAUGUUUUGGAUCAUGACACUUUUUUAGGAAACGCUGGAUUACAGAGCCAAAAACAUAAUCAGAAGGGGAGGCGUAAACAAGUUGAUCACCCUGAAAAUGUACACAAGGUUCAAGAUGACAGUGAUGAUGUAGCAUCAUCACACAAUCAUCAUUAUGGAAGACAUGCACACUAUGGGGGCCCAUUUGAAGAAGCACAAAUAAGCACCCAUGACCACUUUAAUGGUCGAAACAGGGGAAAGAGGCGCAAGUUUCGAGGUGCAAGGAAGACUCGAAAUGCUGUAGCUGCAAGAGAGGCUAUUGCCCAAUAUGAAAUGUCUGUAGCCUCUAAUUCAUUGGCUCAUUGUGCUGAACGGGCAAAAUAUCAAAUGGAGGAGAGUGGAGAAGAGUAUGGUGAUCCAAAUGUUACAAAAGCACCUGGAAAUGGGUGUGGUCCUCCUUGGAAUUGGUCACGCAUUCAUCAUAGGGGCAAAUCGUUUCUGGACAUUGCAGGGAAGAGCCUUUCUUGUGGUUUAUCCGACUCAAAGUCAAGAAAAGGUGGUUCAUUUACACAAGGCGCAUUUCCUAAUAUGCCUGUGGGAUCUGAUCCUUCAAGCUCAUCUGGUAAAUUCGAUGGAGAGGCACUUCCUUUGCUCAUUGAUGAUCAGGACAGUGCAGAUAAUGCUGCUUGGGUGCAUGAUUACUCUGGUGAGUUGGGCAUUUAUGCUGAUAAUCUGUUAAAGCAAGAUAUUGACUCUGACCUUGCCUCGGAAGCUAGGUCCGGUAAUCGGCAGAAGUUUCAACUGAACCAAGUUAGGCAUCAAAAUCUAACCCAGAAGUACAUGCCGAGAACCUUCAAAGAUCUAGUGGGGCAGAAUUUGAUUUCACAAGCUCUCUCUAAUGCUGUUGUGAAAAAAAAGGUUGGGUCGCUAUAUGUGUUUUAUGGUCCUCAUGGAACAGGUAAAACAUCGUGUGCUCGCAUAUUUGCUAGGGCUUUAAACUGCCAGUCAUUGGAGCAUCCUAAACCUUGUGGGGUUUGUGUGUCUUGCACUGCACAUGACAAGGGCAGAAAUCAAUUUAUACAGGAAGUAGGUGCAGUUAGUGCUUUUGACUACCAAAGUAUUGUGGAUAUCCUCAACAGCGUUCUAGCUCAUCGACACACAUUGCCGUAUAAGAUUCUUAUUUUCGAUGAUUGUGAUACUCUAUCUACUGAGUGCUGGAGUGCUAUAUCGAAGGUCAUGGAUCGAGGUCCUAGGCGAGUCGUUUUUGUCCUUGUCUGUUCAAGUCUUGAUGUUUUACCUCAUAUGAUCAUAUCCAGGUGCCAGAAAUUUUUCUUCCCAAAGUUAAAGGAUGCUGAUAUUAUCUAUACUCUGCAGUGGAUUGCCACUAAAGAAGAUCUAGAAAUUGACAAGGAUGCAGUAAAGCUUAUUGCUUCGAGAUCUGAUGGUUCAUUAAGGGAUGCUGAGAUGACCCUUGACCAGUUGAGUUUGCUGGGGCAGAAAAUUUCUAUUCUCCUGGUUCAGGAACUGGUUGGGCUUGUAUCUGAUGAGAAGUUGGUGGACCUACUUGAUUUAGCAUUUUCUGCAGAUACAGUUAAUAUCGUUAAAAACUUAAGAGAAAUCAUGGAAUCUGGGGUUGAGCCAUUGGCCUUGAUGUCACAACUUGCUACAGUAAUUACUGACAUUCUUGCUGGUAGCUAUGAUAUUAUGAAAGGAGGGUCUAGAAGAAAGUUCUUUCGACGACAACCAUUGUCAAAAGAAGAUAUGAAAAAACUACGUCAUGCUCUGAAAACAUUAUCUGAAGCUGAAAAGCAGCUGAGGAUGUCAAAUGACAGAUUGACCUGGCUAACAGCGGCUUUAUUACAACUAGCUCCCGAUCAACAAUAUAAUUUGCCUAGUUCUUCUGCAGAGACUAGUUUCAAUCAGAGUCCAUUGGCCCUAAAUACUGCUGAUGGAAGUCACAGGCUGCGAAGUAGUUAUGUUCAACAGACUGACAUACCUAAUAAUAGUCAAGAUAGAGAAGAAAAUGAUGGGGUGGGAAUGAUUCCUCAGCGGACAUUUAGUGUUGCUGGUCGUAACAAUAGUGUAAAAAACAGACAUCCGUCAGAGAAAUUUCACCGGGAAAUUGAAGAUAUUUGGUUAGAGGUUCUUGAGAAGAUCCAUAUAAAGAGCAUAAGGGAGUUUCUGUACCAAGAAGGCCAGCUAGUCGGAGUUAGUUUUGGCGCAGGUUCCACAGUUCAUUUGACGUUCAGCUCCCAUUUAAUGCAAUCAAAGGCAGAGAAAUAUAUGGCACACAUAUUACAAGCAUUCGAAUCUGUUCUUGGUUCCCCUGUAAAAAUAGAAAUCAAAUGUGAAUCAAGGAUAGUUACGCCAACAGGGAUUAGUGUGCCACUUGUUUUACCUGCUUCUCAGGAAACCUCACGUCAAGUGUACGCAAAUCAAGGAGGUCUUGGCAUCAACAGGAUGCCUAUGGAAAGAUUUGAUGAUACAACUGGCAGAAGUUUAAAAGAUAGAGAUAAUGUAACUCAUGCUAAACCAUUGCAUAUUGAUUCAACUGGAAUGGGAAAGAGUGAAAUAGUAGAAAUUGAAGCUUCACCAAGACAACGAAAAGAUAAUGGGCAUUUUGGCAAUAUGCAGUCUGCUAAAAAAAUUCAACUAAGUGAAUCCAAUCAGAAUAAGAGCAUAGUGAAGAGAAAGGUUUCCCUUGCACAUAUAAUUCAGCAGACACAAAGAGGUUCACAGCGAACUGGGUGGUCAAAACGCAAAGCUAUUUCAAUUGCUGAGAAACUGGAACAAGAAAAUCUGAGGCUAGAACCUAGAUCAAGGAGUUAUCUAUGUUGGAAGGCAUCCAGACUUCCCAGUAGAAGGCUAUUGCAUUUGAAAGUCAGACCAAGGAAGCCAAAGGCUUUGCUGAAAUUUGUGUCGUGUGGAAAAUGUAUGUCUGCUCGGUCGCCCAGGUAACAUAGAAUAAUACUAAAGAGAUCUGAAGGUUUUGUUGUAGCCAUAUUGUAUGAAUCUAGUAUCUUCAUUCAUGUUACUUCGAGAAUAGGUUCAAAUUGUCCCUUCGUUUUAGUUAAUUUUAUAUGUUUUUACAUUCUAGAGAAUAAAUUUCUAGAGUAGAUAUAUCAGUUUUAUUCUUCA